CAGGACACCCCCCCCCCAACACACACACACCCACCUCCACCUGCUCCACAGAGCACUUUGUUUGUGUCUGUCAGAGGAAUCACACCUUCAGCCGUCUGCUGGCCCUGCAACUGAUCCCAGAAUGAAGCUCCUGCUGGGCGCGGCGCUGCUGCUGCUGAACCUGAGCGUCCUGCCGUGUGCUCCUCCAGACCAAACCCUAUCUGCCUCAGACGCCCUGCAGCAGCUGUCCCGGGAUGGCGAGACUGUGGUGGAGGAGGAGCUGAGGAGGGCCCUGUAUGGCGUGAAGCAGCUGAAGGAAGCGACGUGGAAGAACGAGCAGAAACACGAACAUCUGAUGAAGUCUCUGAGGCACAGCGCCGACAAGAAGAAGGGGGCAGCACAGCUGACAAAAGAGGUGACGGAGAGGCUGGAGGAGGCAGAGGAGCACUGCAAAGACUCCCUGCAGGCGGAGUGGGAGGAGUGCAGGCCCUGUCUGGAGGACGCCUGUAAGAGCUUCUACUCCUCCACGUGCCGCAGGGGCUUCGCCACCUUCCACGCCAAGGUGGAGAACUUCUUCCAGAGGGUCUCCAGUCGCUUUGGCUCUGGCAAACGUGCGGUGGAGGCCGGUGACAUCCUGGUGAACCAGGACCCCGACGGCUCGGACGCAGAGGUGGUGCAGAUCGAGGACUCCUUCCAGCGCGUGAUGAGCAGGGUGGGCGCUCUGGUGAACCGCAGCAUCAGCCUGGCGUCCCGGAUGAGCGGCGGGCUGGAUGCAGCUCUGCAGAGAGCCUUCCUGGAUGCCCCGGCGGACGAGUCCACCUCCGACCCUUUCGCUCCGGGCCGGGAUUCGGGUUUUCUGCAGGGGGUGGGAGUAGAGGAGGUGCUGGAAUCCUUCUUCGACUUUGGCAGGAGUGUGGUGGAGGAGUUUGGAGCGGUGGUGACUCAGGUGUUUGACGACCUCCAUCAGGCGGUGGAGGAGGAGAACCAAAAAGAACGAGCGGCUUUCCCUCGGUUCCUGCAGAACAGGAAGCUGUGCAGGAGCCUGCGCAGACAGACAUCCGAGUGCUGGCAGCUGCAGGGCAGGUGCGAGGCCUGCCAGGGGCCUCUGCUCACAGAGUGCCCCGGCGUUCGGGAGCUGCACGUGGAGCUGGACGAGGUCUCCCGUCUGCUGGAGCGGUCCAGGCAGCAGUACGAGGAGAUCCUGUCCAUCGUCCAGCGCCACACCGACGAGACGCUCAGCUGGAUCAGCAGCAUGGCGGCGGAAUUCGGCUGGGUGGCCCGGGCCGUGAGCAACAGCAGCGCUCCCGAAAACGUUUUCCGCGUCACCGAGGUGGCUCCAGAGAGCAGCGAUGAAGUGAACGCGACCGGCUUCAAGACCAGAGUGGAGGUGAGCAUCCUGGACUCCCCGCCGUUCAUCCUCUCGGUUCCCGGGGAGCUGGGGGUGCGGGACCCCGCCUUCAUCCAGCACGUGGCCCUGGAGGCUCUGGAGAAAUACAAGGAGGCGGUCCGGAUGGAGGACUGAGGCAGCAGCGUCGUCGUCUUCAUCUCCAGCACCUUCCUCCUCAUCUUCACUAGAUCAUUUAGAGACAUUCAUCCUCAGAAAAGUUCAACAAUGAACUUUAUUUAAAGGAAAGCUGGAGUUCCUGUUUGAAAAUGAAGCUGCUAGUGGUUCAAUACAGAAAAAUGUCAUCAAAACUUGAUUUAUUCUUUUAUUUUGUUCUGUACAAAAUCAUAGAAGUUACCUCUGUGUGCGGAAUUAUAGAACGUUCCUAAAAGCUUUCAGGAUCAACAACGGAAAGCAGAAUUCACAUCUUAAAAGUCCUCAUUUGUACCGCGAAGAACAUCCAGCUCCUCUCACUGUGUUUAAAGUAAAGUUUAACGUACAUUUGUCUGUAUUUGUGAUAUUAAAAUAUGCGUUUAGAAAAGUGACAGGAUGACGCGGAUCCGCUCAGCUGUAAAAGUCAUUUAGAGAAAACAUUUCAAAUGAUUUACUGAACUAAAUCAAACGUCUGAAAUCUUUAAGCACUUGUAAAAACGUUAAAUCAGUAAAGUAAUGAUCACAGG